UGUUUGUUCAAGUGAUUUAUUAUCAACAUGAAAUUCGCAGUUUUAGCAUUCCUUGCCUGUUUGUGUCUAGUUGGCGCUAGCGCCAAGGCUACUGGCGAUUUUAUGGUAGACCAGGAAGUCCUUCAACAAUAUGAAUACAUAACCGAGGAAUUGGCCGAAGAAAUUAUGGAAAUUGAACCACAAACCAUAUUUUCUGGCUUUUUCUUUGUGGUGAAAAAGGUGCUGAAAACAUUCCAAGGUAUUGCCUGUGUGGUUAAUGAAGUUUACCGUGUACAAGUUGCUGCCCAUAACUUCUUAACUGAUAUUGCCCUAUGUGGUGGUGAACUUUCACAAAAAGUCCAAACUUUAGUGGAUGCCGUUAAGGAUAUCAUUGAAACCUGUCGGGCAAUUGCUGGUAUUAACGAAAGUGUUUGCUCUAAUGAUCAUGCUGAUAUCUUUGGUCGUGGUGUUGUUUCUAGUGUAAAGGUGGGUCAUAAAUGUGCUUCCAAUAUGUUGAGCAAAUUGUUGAGAUUGAACAGACAAAUUAAACGUGCCAUCAAAUUGAUGAUUCAAAUUAAAAAUGUUCCCGGUGAUACUAGUGAAUGUGUUUUAAAUGCUGUUGAUACUUUGCUCCAGCAAUUCACCGAAUUCCCUGCCAAGGUUAAGGCUUGCACUAGCACUAGUGUGCCACCAACUGAGAAUCCUUGUGUAGUUUAAGAAUUGCUUUGAAUUAUCAAAUGUAAAAUUGCAAUAUUAUAGUGAAAAUAUUUCUUUACUUUGAAAAACG